AUGGAAAAUCAAACCUAACAAAUGAACGUUGACAUUAUGAAAUAGAGCACAGAUUAGAUGCGAAUGCAGAUGCAAGACGUGAUCAUCGAGUACUUGAAUCAGAACGAAGUCACUAAGAGAAUCAAGAACACUAUUGGAAGGUAGCAACGAUUCAAUGUGAACCUUGAUGAAUUGAGACAGUUUAAUCCUAAGCUAGCUAACUUUGUGGUAAGAGACCCCAUUCAAGCUAUCAAGUUGUUUCAAGACUAGCUCAACUAAAGUAUCAAGGGUAUGAAUGACGGCUCUGGAAAAGGAAACCUAAAAGCCAAUCUGCAGACUGGCAAUCAGUUUCCUUCAAAGAUCUAGCAAUACUACAUCAACUUUGAGGGAAACUUUGGAAAGAAUCACAUCACUCCAAGAGGACUCAAAUCAGACCUAGUCAAUUAAUUCGUAGCAGUCAAUGGCAUAGUUACGAGAAUGAGUAUCGUCAAACCUAAGAUUUAGACCUCAGUCCAUUACUGUGAAGUAACCAAGAGAGGUCAUGUCAAAAAUUACAAUGACUAAUUCAAUCUUUUGCAGAUUGCGGAGAAUGAAGGGGCAGUAUCAGAGUAGACUAAUGCUUUUCCCACUAAAGACUAGAACGACAAUCCUCUUUCAGCAGAGUAUGGUUACUGUGUCUACAAGGACUCUUAGGUUAUUACCAUAUAGGAAAUGCCUGAGAGAGCACCCACAGGUCAACUUCCCAGAUCAAUUCAAGUUGUGCUUGAAAACGACUUAGUAGACAAAGUAAAGCCAGGAGAUAGAAUCUAGGUGACUGGAGUAUUCAGGACUGUUGCUCCUCACGGCCCUCAAACCAGUGGUAUCUUCAGAACAUUCCUUGUAGCAACUGGAGUUUAAAGUCUAAAUAUUGAGAAAGAAAAACCAAAUCUAAAUGAGAAUGACAUUAAAAAUAUCAAGAAACUCUCUCAAAACUAGUAAUUGUUUGACAUUCUAGGAAAUUCAGUUGCGCCAUCUAUUGAAGGCAAUAAUCAUGUUAAAAAGGCUCUUCUUUUACAAUUGCUUGGUGGAGCUGAAAAGAAUCUAGAGAACGGCACUCAUCUUAGAGGAGACAUCAACAUUAUGAUGGUAGGUGACCCAUCCACUGCUAAAUCUCAACUGCUUAGACAUAUGAUGGACAUUGCUCCAUUAGCUAUAAAUACUACAGGUAGAGGAUCCUCAGGUGUUGGUCUUACUGCUGCUGUAACAGUUGAUAAGGAUACAGGUGAAAAACAUUUAGAGGCUGGAGCUAUGGUGCUGGCUGAUAGAGGUAUCGUGUGCAUUGAUGAGUUUGACAAGAUGAAUGAUAUUGAUAGAGUAGCUAUCCACGAAGUCAUGGAAUAGUAGACUGUGACUAUUGCAAAAGCAGGUAUUCAUGUUAGUCUAAAUGCUAGAUGCAGUGUAAUUGCUGCUGCCAAUCCAAUUUAUGGUGAGUAUGCUAGAGACUAGCCAGUAGGUAGAAACAUCGGACUUCCUGAUUCUCUGUUAAGUAGAUUUGAUCUUCUAUUUGUAAUGCUUGAUGAAAAGGAUCCUGAACAUGAUAGAAAAAUUGCUGAGAGAGUUAUUUAGAAUCAUAGAUAUCAAGCUGCUAACAGUGAGUUCCCUCAAUUUAACUACUUUAAUGAUGACUUUGUAAUUGAGCCAGAAUACAAAGAUGACAGAAGAGAAGACUCGAAGGGCACUAUGAUGUUUGAAAAGAUUAACCUAAGUCUUCAUAACAAGAAUGAAAAGAAUAGCAUUGUGACCAGGGAGUUCUUAAAGAAGUACAUUUCAUAUGCUAAGUCUUAGAAGCAUCCUGAGUUAACUGCAAAAUGUAUAGAAUACGCAGCCACUAUCUAUUCACUAAUGAGAACUAAAGCACUGAAUUACGAUCAGUCCAAGGUAUCAUCACCCGUGACUGUGAGAACUCUUGAAACAAUAAUUAGAUUAGCAACUGCUCAUGCAAAACUCAGACUGAGCAAAAAGAUUGAAGAAACUGACCUAGAUAUUGCUAGUAUUCUCCUCAAUAACAGUAUAUUCCAAGAAAACAAUUAACUUUAACCUGAUGAAGAUGAAGAUGAGUAUAAUGAUAAGAUAUAGUUCAAUACCUAGCCUUAAAGAAGCAAAAGAGGAUAGGACAGAGAGAUGAAGAAAGAGCACUCACCUGCCAAAAAACUCAAGAAGGAGGACGCCACUCCUGCUAAAUCUUUGUCUAAGAAGCAAGCCAAACCAAUCAAAGACGAUGAAGAUCCAAGGCCUUCAAAGAAAAUGAAGAUAGAUCAUGAUGAAGCUGUAGGUUAGCUAUUUGCAAGCUAGACUUAAGCUACUAAAGCUGGUGCUGGUGCCUAGAUAUCAAUCAAGACAAAAGUUAGUUAAAAGCUGAAGUCUCAGGUCUACAAGUAUAUUCAUGAGUGCAAAAACAAAAAGAAUACAGCUACAGUAGCAGAUAUCAUGGCAAUCUAUGAGAAGGCCAAAGGAAACAAAGAUGCCGAAUAGAUUAAGAACACCUAACAUUUGCAAUAAAUACUGCUAGAGAUGGAAUCCGAUAACUUUGUCUUCUAUGACUAGGAUCAAGAUCUUGUCAUUCUUGUUUGA